CUCUACCAGUAUAAUGACAUCCACGAUAACGCUGACAUUUCGAAAGUCAAGAAUGCUGUUGACCGAAUACCGCUAAGUGAUUGCUUUUGGUACAUACACAAGUGGGACCCUGAACCCCACCCAGAAACAGGCUUGUUGUCCAUUUGUCUUCGUUGCAACGACUCACUACCCUCAAGUUUUCUUGACAAUAAAGGCUUCGUAGAACUGAAGUUUACUCUAUCGAAGGCAGACCGUUACGCGGACCAGGCUCCUCAUAUGUUUAUAGUUAGUGGACUGGCUGUUCAGAUUAAGGUCACGUUAAGCCGACUUGAGAAAAAGUGGACAAACGCUCGCUGGGCCCUCGGCAUUGCGCUGGCGGCAAAUUACAGUCUCCCUGUGGAUGAACCUUUCAGGAACUCAACAGAAAUUAACAUCAGUGAUGAAAGCGCUCCAGGGACUUUUGAAGAUGUAGUAAUAUUUCUGAGUAAUCGGUCUCAAACAGGUCGCCGACAAUCCUAUGUGACCUGGAAGUCUGUUUGCUACGUUGACAAGACCACAACGGAUUUGAAAAACAGUCGAGCAUUGACUGUGUCCUCUCAGGGCGGUCUGGAAGACCAACUGACAAAAGCUCUUUCAAAAUCCCUGUUACCAAUGCUAAUUGGCGACGUUUCGACUAAUACUACCACUAUUCGGCAGUUGAAUUUGAGUUUUGGAGAACCUGGGGACGGCUUUUAUGCAGCAUCGAAGUACAUUCACUGGUACGUUUGUGAUACGAUAAAACUGCGCAAUUUGGAGUAA